AUGUUACAUGAACGUGUUUCACAUGCAAAGCUGCGAAAAGAGCUUAAAUAUCAGUGCGAAUGCUGCGCAGAGAAAUUUCCAACUAAACAGUCAUGUGAUACUCAUCUUCUGAGCCACUUUGAAAACAGCAUUGGUGAGGUGUGGGACCGAGUGGAGGAAAUGCAAAAUAAGUUGACAGAAGUUUUGAGCUUGUCGCCGUUGGUAUUCCAAAACUUUGCCACAACAGGACACGCCAUGGUUCACGUUUGCGAGCGAAACCACUCCCAACGGCGUGGUCGUGAAGAAGGAAAUCAAGCAAGAAUGUGUUGA